AUGCGCUUCAAACAGUGUAAUCCCAUAAAGGUGGCUGUAAAGUACAGAUGUUACUCUCCUACAGCUCUUACUAAUGCUUAUCAGGCUGUGCGGGAGGAAAACAUGUCUGUUAGAAGGGCAUCAAUUCAGUACAAUGUACCCAUGCAGACGCUCAGAGACAGGGUAUUGCAUAAGGUAGAUCCUGAGACAGUCCGGUCAGGACCUCAGCCAUUGUUCAGUGAAGAGGAAGAGGCAUUAUUUGUAAACAAUCUGAAGUACAUGGCGUCACUAGGUUAUGGUUAUACAGGUCCAGAAGUCAUUGCUAAAGCUUCAAAUUACGCAGUGCACCUGGGGAAGAGAUCUAAAGACCAGCCUCUAUCAGAAAAAUGGUACAGUGGACUUAAAUCGAGAUGGCCAAAAUUAAAAACUUUAAGUCCAAGAGCACUGGCAAAGGAACGAGCUCAAGCAACAUCUGAACCUGUUGUUAAUUCAUACUUUGAAAAUCAUCACACAAUACUUUUGGCCAAUGAUCUUCUUGACAAACCAGAAUGCAUAUACAACUUUGAUGAGAAGGGAGUCCAAACUGAACAUCGUCCGCCGAAGGUUGUUGCAGAAGGUGUACAUGCAGUACCAGCCAUCACUUCACCAAGAUCUUCAGUUACUACUAUCUUAGGUUUGUGAUUCCAUAUAUUUUACUUAUUAAUUUUUUUUUUUGAAAUUUUCAAAUUCAAGUAGGGAGAGCUCUAGAAAAAAGGAGAUUACUUUUCUAUUUAUCUAAUUAAUUUUUCCAAACUUUUUUUUUAUCUUUAGGUUGUGGGAAUGCACUUGGAACUCAACAUCCACCAUAUUUUAUCUUUAAAGGACAGCGCAAGACUAAUGAGCUACUUGCUGAAUCUACACCAGGAGUGUCUGGCUGUGUAACUGACAGUGGCUGGUCCAAUUCAGACACUUUCUUGAAAUACUUGAAUGAUCAUUUUCUUAGAUUUGUUCAAAGGCCAGAUGAAAGCCAGCCUAUUUUACU